AUGGCGAUCAAGGCAGGAGUGUUAGGAGCUACUGGCUCGGUUGGCCAGCGGUUUAUUUUGUUACUUGAAGAGAACCCAGAGUUCGAGCUAGUGGCAUUGGGUGCCUCGAAGCGGUCUUCUGGCCGCGCCUACGGUGACGUUGUCGCCUGGAAGCAGACCAAGCCGAUUCCGGCGCAGAGCUCCGGCCUGACGGUGCACGAGUGCAGUGCCGUGCACUUUACUUCCUGCGACGUUGUUUUCAGUGGUCUGGACAGUGAUGUUGCCGGUGACAUCGAGGAGGAGUUUGUCAACCACGGAAUCAAUGUUAUUUCCAACGCCAAAAACUACCGCCAACACCCGCAGGUGCCUCUAGUGGUGCCCACGGCGAACCCCGAGCACCUCGACCAUCUUGCCAACCACGACAAGUCCAAGGGCAUCCACAUCUGUAUUUCUAAUUGUUCCACUGCUGGCCUGGUUGUUCCGCUAAAGGCGCUGCAAGAAAAGUUCGGUCCCAUCUCCCACAUGAUGGUCACCACUAUGCAAGCCGUUUCAGGUGCUGGGUUCAGUCCUGGCGUUAGCAGCAUGGACGUCCUGGACAAUUUGGUUCCAUAUAUUGGCAGCGAGGAGGACAAGCUCGAGAUGGAGCCCCGCAAGAUUCUGGGCGACGUCGAUGCGUCUACCGGCACGUUCCUGCAUAUCCCCCAGGAUGAGUUCAAGAUCUCGGCCACCACUACGCGAGUUGCUGUUAUCGAUGGCCACACUGCCUCUGUGUCCAUCAAGUUUGCCAAGAAUAAGCCCUCCAAGGAGGAGAUCAUUGCGACAUGGCGGGAGUACCAGAGCCAGUGCGAGCUUCUCAAGUGCAAAUCGGCGCCCGAGCAUGCAAUUGUUUACUUGGAUCAACCCGAUCGCCCCCAACCACGCCUGGAUCGCGACACAGGCAACGGUUACACUGUGUCCUGCGGCCGGCUACGUGACGACGAGGUUCUCGAUUACAAGUUUGUUUGUCUGUCGCACAACACAGUUCUCGGCGCCGCUGGCUCGGGCAUUCUCAUUGCAGAACUUCUUAAAGCCAAAAACAUCAUCUAA